CCAACACUCAUAUAGACCCUCGGGCUGCCGCGGCAUCAUCUCCACCAUUCCUAUAGCAGCUGUAGCUACUGGGACAAGCAGCAGUGACAAGGGCCGACAGAGACUGCAAAUUCAUCUAUCAUGCCCAACGACGCAGUCCUCGUGCCGUCCGUUUCUGUCGCGAGCGAAACGAGCGUCCAACAAGUCCUCCUCAAGCUUGCCAAGCAUGAAGCCUGGUCUUCAGAGCUCUUCUUCUACCUCAAUGGCAACAGAGUAGUCUUGCAGAAUCCAGAUCCAGAAGCCACCGUGCUAGAAUAUAUCCGCGCAAUCGGCCUAACAGGGACGAAACGCGGUUGCGAGGAAGGCGGCUGUGGCAGUUGUACAGUCAUCGUCGCUGAAUAUGACAAAGAUACAAAGAAAGUCUAUCAUGCGAGUAUCAAUGCGUGUAUCGCACCGCUUGUCUUCCUCGAUGGCAAACAUCUCAUCACCGUCGAAGCACUCGGCACACACAAGAACCCACAUCCAGCGCAAGAACGCAUUGCCAAACUUCACGGCAGUCAAUGUGGUUUCUGUACACCAGGAUUCGUCAUGUCAUUGUAUGCGACAUUGAGAAAUAACCCUGAGCCAUCGGAGCAUGAGCUCGAAGAAGCCUUUGACGGCAACUUGUGUCGAUGUACUGGAUACAGACCCAUUCUCGAUGCUGCGCGGACAUUCGCUAAAGGCGCCGACAAGGGUUGUGCUAUGGGCGACAAGUGCUGCAAGAUGGGAGGUACACAAGAUGCGUGUGGCUCAUCACUCGAGACCAACCCACCUACGGCACGCAACUUCCCACCCGUUGAUUUCAAGCCCUACGACCCAACCACUGAACUGCUCUUCCCACCUGCCCUCAAGAAGUAUGAACCAAGAGCCCUGUACUUUGGCAAUGAACGCAAGUACUGGUUCAGACCCGUCACGGUGGAUACUUUGCUCGACAUCAAAGCUAUUGCUGGCGCUGACGCCAAAAUCACCGGUGGCAGCUCAGAGAUCCAAAUUGAAAUCAAGUUCAAGAACCUCAACUACAACCUAUCCGUCUAUGCUGGCGAAAUCAAAGCGCUCAAGCAAAUUGAGUUUCACGACAAUCACAUCACUGUUGGUGCCAAUGCGACCCUCACUGAUGUCGAAUACCAACUCGAUGAGCCCGCUACAAAACGCUACGGAGAAACACGCGCACAGUCUUUCGCUGCAAUUGUCAAGCAACUCAAAUACUUUGCCGGUCGACAAAUUCGAAACGUCGGCACGCCCGCAGGUGCACUUGCAACAGCAUCACCCAUUAGUGAUCUCAAUCCACUCUUGAUGGCAUUGGGCGCCAAGAUCUUUUAUCGCUGCGCUGGUCAACCUGAACGAGCGCUUGAUGUGCUUUCUUUCUUUACUGGUUAUCGACGGACUGCUUUACCGGCUGAUGGUGUCCUGACACGCAUCGAGAUUCCUGUCCUGAAGGAGCAAGAGUUUGCACGCAGUUACAAGCAGUCGAAGCGCAAGGAUGAUGAUAUUGCCAUUGUCACGAGCGGUAUGCGAGUGAGACUCGCUGCCGACAAUACAGUCGAGGAAAUUGGUCUUGCAUAUGGUGGCAUGGCAGCAACGACCGUCAUGGCUCUCAAGACACAGGCUUUCCUGAUGGGCAAGCGUUGGACUGAUAAAGAUGUCCUUGAACAGGCACUGAACACGCUGGGUGAAGAAUUUGACUUGCCAUUCGGUGUGCCUGGAGGUAUGGCCACCUUCAGAAAGUCACUUGCCAUUGGCUUCUUCUACCGGUUCCAUGCAGAUGUUUGCCAGCAGCUCGGCACAGAACUCGAUGCUCAGGCAGUAGCGCCCAUUGAACGUGGCUUGAUGAAAAGCUGGCGUGAUCAUGAAGUACCAGUGCAAAACACCCGGAUUGUCGGUAAGCCACUGCCGCAUGUUGCAGCGAUGCGACAAGUGACGGGUCAAGCUCAGUAUACGGAUGAUUUCCCAGCGUUUGCAAAUCAGCUGUAUGGUUGUAUGGUUUGGUCCACAAAAGCACACGCCAAGGUACUUGCUGUGGAUGCAUCCGCGGCACUGGCACUUCCUGGUGUCACCCGAUGGAUUUCCGCCUCAGAUAUCCGAGAAGGCGGUAAUCUUUGGGGUGAUGUUAUUCAAGAUGAGCCGUAUCUUGCUGAAGCGGAAGUCUUUUGUCAUGGUCAACCCAUCGGUAUGAUCCUUGCUGAUACCUAUGCUCAAGCGCGUUUGGGAGCGCAAGCGGUCGGUGUCAAGUAUACUGAACUUCCAGCGAUCCUGACGUGCGAUGAGGCUAUUGCAGCAGACAGCUUCCACCCCUACCAAAAGUUCAUGCGAUGCGGUCUAGAUAUGGACGAAGCAUUCGCUCAGUGUGACCAUGUCAUUGAAGGAGAGGCGCGGAUGGGUGGACAAGAGCAAUUCUACCUCGAAACACAAGCAUGUGUUACUGUGCCCCGGGGUGAUGAUGAGUUUGAGAUUUUCACUGGCACGCAGAAUCCAACUUUUACGCAGUUGGCCGUGGCUGAGUUACUGGGGCUCGGUGCAUCGCGUGUCAAUGUGCGUGUCAAUCGCAUGGGUGGCGCGUUUGGUGGUAAGGAAUCACGAAGUGUUCAAUUGGCAGCCAUCACGUCUUUGGCUGCAAGUGUCACGCAGCGUCCUGUUCGAUGCAUGCUUGAUCGUGAUUCUGACAUGAUUUCAACGGGUCAGCGUAACCCGUACCAAGCAAAGUGGAAGGCUGGCAUUAAAGACGGCAAGGUGUUUGCACUCGAUGGAGAUAUCACCAAUAAUGCAGGCUGGUCACUUGACCUGUCAGGUGCCACCAUGGAUCGUUGUCUAUCGCAUAUCGAGAAUUGUUACACCAUUCCGAAUGUCCACGUUCGCGGCCGGUGCGCAAAGACCAACAUUCAUUCCAAUACAGCCUUCCGAGGCUUUGGCGCUCCGCAAGGCUCGUUCAUUGCAGAAACGAUUAUGGAAACCAUUGCUGAUAAGCUCAAGAUGGAUGUGCAUCAGCUUCGAUGUGAUAAUUUGUCAUGGGAAGGUCAUCGCACGCCGUAUGGCCAAGAGCUCAUCGACUGGCACAUGCCACGACUCUGGACUGAAGUACUGAAGGAAGCAGAGUACGAGAAGCGCAAGCAGGCGAUUGAAGAGUUCAACAAGUCGUCUAAAUGGAAGAAGCGUGGUAUUGCGAUCGUGCCUGUCAAGCAUGGCAUUUCAUUCGGCGCAAUGCAUUACAACCAGGCAGGUGCGCUCGUCCAUGUUUACAAAGAUGGUAAUGUCCUUUUGGCUCAUGGUGGAACAGAGAUGGGCCAAGGUCUGAACACAAAGAUGAUUCAGGUGUGUGCAGAAGAGCUUGGCAUUCCAUUUGACCAAGUCUUUGUUUCGGAAACAUCCACCAACACGGUGGCCAAUACAUCCCCGACUGCUGCCUCUGCUGGAUCUGACUUGAAUGGCGCUGCCAUUAAGAACGCAUGCGAUCAGAUUAUGGAGCGGCUGAAACCUUUCUUUGAAGCAGACCCAGAAGCGUCCUUUAAGCAGAUUGUCAAGACUGCAUAUUACGCCAGAGUCAACUUGAGUGCAAACGGACACUACAAGACACCAGACAUUGCCUAUGUAUGGGGCUCAAAGAGCGACGAAGCAAAACCCCUUUAUUCUUACUUCACCCAAGCUGUGGGCUGCUCCGAGGUUGAGAUUGACUGUUUGACAGGCGACUGGACUCUGCUGCGGACAGAUCUCAAGAUGGAUAUUGGCCGGAGUAUCAAUCCUGCCAUUGACUAUGGUCAGGUGGAAGGUGCGUUUGUGCAAGGUACUGGUCUCUUCACAAUCGAAGAGUCUCUUUGGACUCGCCACAAUGGUCAACUAUUCACGAAAGGACCAGGAGCAUACAAGAUUCCUGGAGCACGCGAUAUUCCACAAGACUUCCGAGUAAGCUUCUUGAAGAAGGCUGAUUGGGCCAAUCUCAAGACUAUUCAGUCAAGUAAAGGUAUUGGCGAGCCAGGCCUCGCUUUAGGCUUGGCACCAUUCUUCGCACUCAGAGAUGCAGUCAAGCGUGCUCGUCUCGACUCGGGAGACGACACGUUUCUGGAGUGGCGUUCACCGGCGACGACUGAGCGCAUCCGCUGCUCACUCAGUGACGAUAUCAUCAAAGCUGCCAGAGUGCUUCCCAAGGAUGGGGAGCAGGACUUUUUCGUGUCAUUGCCGUAGAUAAUCGACAAGUACAUAUGUCAUUCUUGAGCUUCUGUCUUCCAACGAA